AUGUCUUCCCCAGUUAUCGGUAUUUCCUUUGGUAACACCUCCUCUUCUAUCGCUUACAUCAACCCAAAAAAUGAUGUCGAUGUUAUUGCCAACCCGGAUGGUGAACGUUCUAUUCCAUCUGUUUUGUCUUACGUUGGUGAAGAUGAAUACCAUGGUGGUCAAGCGGUUCAACAACUAGUUAGAAACCCAAAAAAUACCAUCAUCAACUUCCGUGAUUUCAUUGGUUUACCAUUCUCUGAAUGUGAUGCUACCAAAUGUGCUAAUAGUGCGCCAAUUAUUGAUAUUGACGGUAAGGCUGGUUUUGCCAUUACUAGAGGUGAAGGUGUUGAGGAAAAGAUCACUGUUGAUGAAGUUGUUUCCAGACAUUUAAACAGAUUAAAAUUGGCUGCUGAAGAUUAUAUUGGUACUAAGAUCUCUCAAGCUGUCCUAACUAUCCCAACAAAUUUCACUGGUGAACAAAAAUCUGCCUUAAUUGCUUCUGCUGCUAAAGUUGGUUUGAAGAUCGUUCAAUUCGUAAAUGAACCAUCUGCAGCAUUGUUAGCUCAUUUAGAAGCUUUCCCAAAUGAAAAAGAUGCUAACUAUGUUGUUGCCGACUUUGGUGGUGUCAGAUCUGAUGCUGCUGUUAUUGCAGUCCGUAAUGGUGUUUUUACCAUCUUAGCUACUGCUCAUAACACUGCUUUAGGUGGUGAUAACUUAGACGAUGCCUUAAUAGAAUAUUUCGCUAAAGAUUUCCAAAAGAAAACCCAAUCUAACCCAAGAAAGAAUGCUAGAUCUAUGGCCAAAUUAAGAGUUAACUCUAUCACAACUAAAAAAACCUUGUCUAACGCCACUUCUGGUACUAUCUCUAUUGAUUCUUUAGCCGAUGGUUUCGAUUAUCACACUUCUAUCAACAGAAUGAGAUUUGAAUUAACUGCCAACAAAGUCUUUGGUCAAUUUUCUGCAUUUAUUGAAUUAGUUAUCUCUAAGGCUAACUUAGAUUUAUUAGACAUCGAUGCUGUUUUAUUAACUGGUGGUGUUGCUUUCACUCCAAAAUUAUCUAGUAACUUAGAGUUUUUAUUCCCAGAAUCUGUUGAAAUUUUAAGUGCUCAAAACAAAAACAGUUCUAGCAAUCCAAAUGAAUUAUCCUCUUCUGGUGCCGCUUUACAAGCCAGAUUAAUCAGUGCUUAUGAUGAUGAUGAAUUAGCUGAAGCCUUACAACCAGUUGUUGUUAACACUCAACACACUUCCAAACCAAUUGGGUUUGCUGACUCUGAAGGUAACUUCCACCCUGUUUUAUUGGCCGAAUCUUCUUUCCCAGUACAAAAGAAGGUUACUUUGAAGAGUGCUCAAGGUAAUUUAUUAUUAAGCAUCUACGAAGGUGAACACAAAAUUGUUGAAAAAACCAUUGAAUCAGAAGCAAAAGAAGCUGAUGAUGAAGAUUCUGAAGAGUACUCAGAUGAUGAACCAGAAGUUGUUAGAGAAAAAAUUUACUCUCUAGGUGCUAAAUUAAUGGAUUUGGGUAUUAAAGAUGUUAAAGGUGGUUUAGAAAUCGCAUUUAACUUGAACAAGGAUGGUAAAUUAAGAGUCACUGCCAGAGACUUAAAAUCCACUAACGUUGUAAAGGGUGAAUUAUAA